GUUUUGUAAAACUAAAGAAUCCCGUUUAACGAUAUGGCGUCCAAGUCUUCCAAUACUGGCACGACUGGUCUUACGGAGAUUUUCAAUUAUGAGACCGCCACUCACAGCUACGCCAUCCGUUGGACCGGCUUAGGAGACUCGGCUUCACCACCCUUGAUAUUCGUCCAUGGUACUCCAUGGUCCUCUCGAGUCUGGCUUCCCUUUGCACUCUCACUCGCUCGGAAAUUUCAUGUCUAUCUUUUCGACAACCCUGGAUUCGGGGAGAGUCCGUUGGGGCUUCCUUUGCCAAGGAAGGAGCACACCAUCACCAAAGAGAUAGCACUUGAUGCAGACCUCUCUCAGCAGUCUGAAGUGUUCGCCGCCCUGUUCAAGCAUUGGGAGCACAAUUGGCAGGGAAGGAAGGCUAACGUGGUGGCGCAUGAUCACGGAGGCCUGAUGACUCUACGUGCACACCUCUUGCACGACUGUGAGUAUGCGAGUCUGUGCUUGAUUGACGUGGUUGCGAUCGGGCCAUUCGGUCAGCCACUGUUCAAAUUGAUCGCCCAAAACGAGCAUGUCUUCAAGCAGUUGACCGGCCCCGUUUUUGAAGGGGUUGUGGAAGCAUAUAUCCGUGAUGCAGCUCAUACAGAGCUUAGCAAGGAGACGAUGGAGAUGUUGAAGAGGCCAUGGAUCUGCUCUGAGGAGGGUCGACACGGCUUUGUACGACAGAUGGUCCAGGCCAAUAGUCGGAGCACAGAGGAGGUGGAGGGCAGAUACGCCGAAGUUGGCCAAAAACUGCCGGUGUUAGUUAUCUGGGGAAAGGAGGAUAAAUGGAUCCCUGUCGUCGACGCUGAAAGACUGAAGCAGAAACUCAAUGCCAAGGAUGCUGUAGUGAUUGAGGAAGCUGGACAUCUGAUCAUGUAUGAUCAGGGAGAACGGUUUGGUGUUGAGCUUGGUUUGUGGUUGAGUCCUUUCAGCAAGGCAACGUCGUGACCAUGAUUGAAAAGAAGCAUUUUGAGUGAAUGGAUGCAUAAGACGCCAGAGCCCUUGCCGAAACACUCUUGCGGUGACGACUCGCCGGUACGAAGAGUGUCAAAGGUGGUUUACAA